AUUAAAUUUCGUUACGACUCAAGUACAAAAUAAUCAUUUUUGGUAAUCGAAUGUGACACAACCUUUUUUUUUUAAAAUUCUCUGUUUCGCCAAAAACAGCGCAAAAAAUUUCACAAGUGCAAUAUUAAUUAAAAUACACAUAUAAGCAAAAUUUUCGUAGAUGUUAAAGUCAUCAAAGGUGUCUCUACCAGCCACAGCCAUAAGGAACAAGCAACGCACCCUGGGAUUCCGUCCGAAGAGUCAUCGGGCUGUAUUGGAGACCCUUCGUCGGGGACUAGGCGAAGCCACUGCCGUUCGUUCGAUGGGACCGGAGUUCGAGCUGGCCGAGCCGAAGGACGAAGACCAGGUCUCCCGGAAAACCAGCUAUGUCAGCCUCUCCCGGACUCACUCCAACUCCACUCCAAUGCCGACAUCGAUAAAUGCCAGCAGCAUGACUUUGAUGGCGAAGACCAAUGGCUCUAACGGCAAUAGACUGGAAUCCCCCGAAAAAAGGGAGGAUGAACAGCUGAGCGAUGGUGAAGCUAUCGAGCCGGAUGAAUAUGAGAAAAUGCCAAGAAAGCGGGAUCGAUUGAAGAACCCCCCCAAUUCAGAUGCCAUUGGAGCCAAGCUGAAGGAGGAGCUCUGCAAGUACAAGCAGGAGCUCCAAGAGUAUAACGAGACGACCAAGGAUCUGGAGGAGAAGUACAUGAAGAUCAACUACGAACUGAGUGAGAUGGCCCAGAAACACGACAGCUUCGUGGCCAACCGGGGCUCUGAAAUAGAGCUGGAAAGCGAAGCUGAUCUGGACAGUUACUACAAUUCGGUAAGCAGUGAGGCCUCCCAACUGACCGUCAAGCGAAAGAGUCCUCGUAUCCUGCGAAGCAAUACUAGCUUCAUGACCGUGCUCUCGGGCCAAAGUUCUGAGAUGUCCGAGAUCGGCAGGAAAAAAUAUUCCAGUGGAAGGCGCAGCCAUCAGAAGGAUCAGCGACCCAAGUGUCAUCUAUCCUCUCAGGUUUUCGAUAGUCGGAUUGUGGAAUCUCUGGCCAAUCGGCAUGCUAGGCGGCGCAAACGAUCCGAGGACGAUCUAGAUAAUCUGGACAGGGAUCAGACCUCUUUCAAAGAUGUCUACCAUGUCCUCAAGGACGUAAUGAACACCUCGCAGGAUCACAAGUAUAAGCACGAACGCGAUCGAGACCGGGAUAGAGAUCGGGAUAGGGACUCCGGGGACCUAGGCCACCUCCUGACCACUAUUAAGAGUCUGAAAAGUGAGCAGCUUCAGUUCCGGACGAUUAUUCAGCAGCAGCAGGACCGCAUUGCCGACUACCACACCCGUUGUGUGAAGGCCCAGGAGAUCAUGAGCACCCAGAAGCACGAGAUCGAUAAGCUGCAUGUGAACAACAAGCAGCUGGAGUCGAGUAUCUACCACGACAUCGAUUCCCUGCGCUCGAAGAUCGACAGCAAGCUGAAGAACGUGUCCCACUUGCCGCAGAUGAUGCGGGAGGAGCACUCCAAGUACGAGAAGGUGAUGCGGGAAAACUGUCUCCUUGCGGAUAAACUUCAUGCUCUUCAGCAGGAGGCCAUGCAACUGAAGGUGAAGAUUGACGAUCUGGGUCGCCGGAAGCUGGUCACCAUCAAUCGACUGAAAGCGGCCGAGAGGGAUUUGAAAAUAUUCAAGAACUACAAUUCCGCCCUGAAGACUGAGAAGCGAAGACUCACGGAGGAGCUGUCCUCGAUGAAGGAUCAGCUGGAGCAGCUCCAGGUGAGCAGUAAGAGGCAGUUGUCCCGCCAUCGGGAACAGAGCGAGAAGCAGCGCAGGGAUCUCCAGAAGAAGAUCUUCGAUCUGGAGCUGAAGCUGAGCAGGAGCCAGAACUCCACGUCCAGUUUGAUCCAGGAGCGGGACAGCCUGAUCGCCGAGCUGCAGACCCAACUGCACACCCUGGUCCACAACUUUGAGGUCUCGCAGAAGCACAUACGGGUCCUCCGCCGGCACAUAUACUCCAUGACGAAUUCGGGCGGUGCUGGGAUCAAUAGUGGAAGCGGUUCGGUCGGAAUUGGAAUUGGAGGAGGCGGUGGGGGCGGUUCUUGCCGACCUAGCGAAGCUGGCCUCAUUCGGAUUAAUCAGCUGUCGCAGGGCUCCAGCACCGCCCGACUCGGUAACCCCAGGACGCUGAAGGGCAAGAUCUAGAGCACGGGGGAUAGUCCCCGAUCCUAGGCCAAGCCCGUCAGCUGUCCAGGCAACUUGAAGAUACGGUUCUGGCUUGUCAACAUCGCAGGCAAGUCCAUAUGAUCAAGUUGCUUGGAUUAUUUUUAAAGGAGUUAUCGACCCAGUGAUCCUUUCACUCCAAUGAUCAUGUAAACUUAUCCUUUUUUCUACUCUCCUUAAUGACUCGUUUUAAUGGGAAAAUGGUUCAGGGGGGUGUUUAAAUAUAUGACAGUAAAAAAAACAAAAAUUAUGAAAA